GUCUGUGAUUAUACUCCAUAUUCGUAAAUAUGCCCAAUCCGCAUUGAUGGCAAUGGUACAUGGUUGAUAGUACAAUAGUUGAAGCUUUUGAAACGAGGACAUUGAAAGAGCAUGACACGCUGAGGUUGACAAAUGAACCUUCUAGUGCCAAGUAUCGAAGUGUAAUUACAUGUCAGACCGCAUGACUGAGCGUAACCUACUGACGUUACAUUAAAGUUGUAACAAACUUACAUAAUAAGGAUUUGGGACUAAUCCUUAAAGUACCUGAUGAAUAACUCACUAUCAAAAACCCAGAGGAGCAGCUGAUGAAUUACUAUUGUUCUCGUUUAUGAACUUGGAUGCGGAGGAUAAAGCCGGUAUCACCAUCCCUCAUACCUAGCGCUGAUGCUACCCUGCGAUGGUUGGCUUUGAUCCAUCAUCAAAAUCAAAAUUGGACAGUGUUGAGUACAGUAUUGCAGGUGCUGGCAGUGGAGCAAUAACUAGAUUUUUAUGCCAGCCAUUGGAUGUCUUGAAAAUCAGAUUUCAGCUCCAAGUAGAACCAAUAUCCAAGAAGUAUGUAGGCUCAAAAUACAAGAGUGUACUGCAAGCUGUUAAGUGUAUUGUCCAAGAAGAAGGCAUUUCAGCUCUGUGGAAAGGACAUAUACCAGCACAGUGCCUUUCUGUUGUGUAUGGUGUUGCUCAGUUUAUAUCAUUUGAAACACUGACAAGUCAGUGUUGGAAAUAUUUUCCAACGGUAUACAGUGACCACAGAGCUAUUCUGCAUUUUUCCUGUGGUGCAGCAUCAGGAUGCUUUGCUACAUUAGUAUCAUUUCCUUUUGAUGUUGUUCGGACACGUCUUGUUGCUCAAGGAGAGCCUAAGGUGUACAGAGGCAUCAUGCAUGCUUUCUCAGUUAUUUAUUCAAAACAUGGAACAUUAACUUUGUUCAGGGGUCUAAGUCCAACUUUAAUCCAGAUAGCACCUCAGACCGGUGCACAAUUUGGAUUUUAUCAGGCUUUCACAAAUUUGUGGAGGAACAUUGGUGCAGGACGAGACACUAACAGGAAUACACAGAUUUCCUUGUAUGAGUCCUUGAUCUGUGGUUCCCUGGCUGGAAUUUGUGCAAAGACAUUAGUCUACCCCUUGGAUCUUGCAAAAAAAAGGUUGCAGAUUCAGGGAUUUGAAACAGCAAGAAGCAGUUUUGGAAAGGUAUUUCAGUGCAAUGGGUUACUCCACUGUAUAGCAACAAUAGUAAAAACAGAAGGUUCUGCAAGUCUCUUAAAAGGAUUGUGGCCAAGUCUGUUAAAAGCUGCUGCCACAACUGCUAUUCAUUUUGCUGCUUACGAACAGAUAUGUACCUUCUUGCUCUCAUUUCAUCACUAGUGUGGCAUGAGGUUGAUAUAUCUCUUCUGUGAUAAAUCAUCAAAACUGUUUAUUAUAAACAUUAAUAUUUUACACAAAUAAUUCUACUGUAUUUGGUAUAAAAUAUUAUUUAUUCUAUUGCUUUUACAAUGAGACUAAAAAACUGCAACUGAUUUUCAUAUAUUUUCUGUGACAUAUUUACUUCAGUUGUACCCUAAAGAAUUAAAAACUAUUAAGCACAGUCACAAAUAUUGUACAAAUAAUGCCACUAUUUUAGCAUACACUACAUUAUCUUUGCUGUGAUACCAAAAACUGUAUUCAUUGCAUAAUAAUCGACAUACUUUGAAAAAAAAAGUUUCAUUCUGGGUAAGCUGUUACAGAUUUUUUUAUGUGCCUCUGUUACUCCCUUUUUAGGCUCAUUUAUUAAUAAGCAGUGUGAAAGCAUUGAGUUACUGUUCCAGGCACAGGCAGAUUGGGUAUGAUUUCAAAUUGCCUUCCUGUAGCUGCUAAAAUUUGUGCCUGUCCCAGGAACAGACUGUCCAUUUAUGUGAUGUGAAGAAUUAAUACAACUGAACUUUCUGCAGCACAUAGUGUGCAGUGCCUUAGAAAAGUAACAGGCAGUACAGUUUUUCAAGCAAACACAUUCCAUGCAGAACCUAAGCACCAAAUGUAUGUUGCAUGUUUCUUUCAUUCUUUAUGUUGAUGCUGUUGAAGUACCCAAGGUUUCCAAAUUAACAAGUCUCAUAAAGAGAUUUCAAAACUGGCUCUCAGUAUCAAGGAACUGGAAAGCAAUUACCUGAAGCAAAGGGUUAGAGUAAUGCAGAAAUGAAGAAAAGAUUCAGAUGUGAGGAUGAGGGGAGGCUACCAGUGAUAAACAAACUCAGAGAUAUGACAUAUGGAGCAAAAUAUAUGCUUAUGUCUCUCACAUGUAAGUGAAGAUUUCACAAAGAGUUUUCUUUACUUUUUAUAGUCAUUUCAAAACAAAUUACAUUUGAGUCAGAAUAUAAAUAUUUAAGUUAUAUUUUCGUAUCAAAAUAUUUUUGUAAGUGCCUAUAAUGACUACUUUAUUAACAAGUUUUGAGACUUUUUUUUUUUUUUUUUUUUUUUUUAGAAAAAGUAGUGUUUAUGUAGGACUAGUUAGCUAUAAUAUGUGAAACUAAAAAUAGUCUGUGAAAAAGCAAUCCUUCAAAAACAAAACAAAAAUAUUCCUUAGGACAGAUAACAUCAGAUUGCUGACCAGAAAAAUAUAUAUGAAAUGUAUUUACAGAAUUAUUAUGAAGUUGUAAAAUUUCCUGUUUUUCUAUGUUUCAUGAUUACUGCAUGCUCUGUGUUGUACAUCUGUUUAAAAGUGUAGUUAUAUGUUGGCUCUUUUGCAAAGAAGUAGUAACGGAGUCUUAUAUCAUGUAAUAUUCUUCUUUUUUAAAAAAAAUUUGUCUUAAAAUUGCAGUAUUUUCUUGUGUUAAUUUUAUUGCAUUCAAUUUAACAUUUGUAGAAACACAAAAUACACAUUUUUAACGAUGAAUAA